UAAGGGCCGCGUCUUGUUUUAGAGAUGAAUAAUACAAAAAGAAAGGAAAGAGGUGGAAAUUUCUAAGAUUGCAAAACCCUAAUCCCCAAUUCCAAAUAGAAAAAACGAUCCAGUCAAGUUUCAUUGUUGACCCAAUCCAUCAAUGGCUUGGAGAAUAAGUUGCCCACUCUACUCCCUUACCAAUAAGAUCCCCAUUCCAUCUCCAUCACUCCUCACCUCCUUCUCCAACAAUGGCCGCAAUCCAGCUUCUCCCCUCACAAUAUGGCUACGUCGUCCUCGUUCUUGUCCUCUACACCUUUCUCAAUUUCUGGAUGGCCGGUCAGGUCGGCCGCGCUCGCAAGAAGUAUAAGGUCUUUUACCCUAAUUUAUACGCUCUCGAAUCCGACAACAAGGAUGCCAAACUCUUCAAUUGUGUCCAGAGAGGGCACCAGAAUUCGCUAGAAAUGAUGCCUUUGUUCUUCAUGCUUAUGAUUUUGGGAGGAAUUGGGCAUCCUUGCCUUACCGCUUCCUUUGGAGUUCUCUAUGUUGUGUGUCGAUUCUUCUACUUCAAAGGUUACGCUACCGGUGUGCCUGAAAAGCGCCUCACCAUCGGGAAAUUUUCUUUUCUGGCAUUACUCGGAUUGAUGGUUUGCACAAUCUCGUUCGGUGUUAAGCUUCUUCGUCAUUAAGCUAUAAUCCUGUUGAGCUUGGGGUGAUGUUGUAGUGUUGUUCUUCAUCUUCCUCGUUGCCUUGUGUUAUUAAGAGGUUGAAUAACGGUUAUUUAUUUCCUUGCUAAUCUUGUUAUAGAAGUUGUAACUUUGAAAAAAGUUAUAGUAAAUUUGAGAUGUCUUUUUAUGAAAUGAAGUGUAAAAACGUAAUCCUAUUUUCUUUGUACUUACACAUCUCUUUGCUCAUUUGGAGGGUACUCAAUUGAUCUCUGUACAAUGUUUGAUCUGGA